GGAACUGUAGGUGGCGCUAUGCAUCAUUUUGUAAAAAUUCGAAAACACCUCACAGAAGAAGAAGAUAGGAAGUGUCGCUGUUUGGCGUCACGUCCUGUUUGGUAUUUUACGGAUGGUGGUGCGACUCACGACAGAGUUGUUAACGUCAUGUCUAAAAGAAAAGUGACGUUCGAGGACGGCGAUGGGGAAUUCAGCCUAGAAGAGGAUCUCCAGAAGAAGAAGAUAUGUGAGGCUGUGAGUGGUCCAGGCUCAAGGUUCAAGGGUAAACAUUCCUUGGACAGUGAUGAGGAGGACGACGAAGAAACAAGGGAGGAUGGGAGCAAAUUUGAAACUCUGGACAGUGAUGACGUGGAGGGUCAGGAGCAGGCUACGAUUGACUAUGACGAGGGGGUGCCCAUCACACCCUUUAACCUGCAUGAAGAGAUGCAGGAGGGCCAUUUUGACUCAGAGGGCAACUACUUUGUGAAAAAGGAGGAGCAGAUUCGAGACAACUGGCUUGACAAUAUUGACUGGGUAAAGAUUAAGGAGCAACCUGUAAAGCGAAAGAAAGGUCUUGCAGCAAAGAGGAAGAGAAGGGAAGGGGACGAAGAUGAGGCCGAGGAGGAGAAACAGAGGGAAGAGAAGCGGGCCGACAGUGAGGAAGAAGAGGAGGAGCCUAAAGUUGUCGAGGAUCCUUUGGCAUCUCUCAGCCAGCAGCAGCUCAUGGAGGCUGUUGUUGAUCUGAUGUUGCCAGGGGAGACUGUUGCUGGGGCACUGAGGCGGCUCGGGGGAAUGGUUGGGCGGAAGAAGGGAAAAGGGAACAGCAGAGGCCAGGAAGAGGGCUCAAACCGAGACACAGAGAAGCUGGACAGACUCACGGCAUUAGCGGACCGGCUGGUGGGCAGUGGGGAGUUUGAGAUAUACCAGAAGACCUACGAGAAGUUGGCAUACAUUAUAAAGGUUUCAGCAAACAAGAAAAGAGUUGGAAAAGAUGAGGAUGAUGUGUUAGACAUGUUUGCAGAUGAAAUUGAUACGAAGGAUGGAGGGAAAGCGCCAGAACAAGAUGAGGAAGAUGACGGAGGAAGAGUGAGUGAUGAUGUCAUGUGGGAGUACAAGUGGGAUAUGGAUGAUAAAUCGGAGAUCUAUGGCCCCUUCAGCAGCCAACAAAUGCAGAACUGGGUAGAGGAGGGCCACUUCAAAGAUGGUGUCUACUGCAGGAGGGUCGGAGAGGGAAACACACAGUUCUACAGCUCCAAGAGGCUUGACUUUGAGCUGUACACCUGAAAAACUGAGACAUGCCUCUGUAAAAGUUUCUGUUUGUGUGUGUCUGUUCUUUUUUAAAUAAAUUAGACCAUUUCAGGUCAA